CCGCCUCAACUGUCUCGUUGACGCGUCGUCACGCUGAACGCGAAGAAAUUGUUACUGAUACUGAAAAAAAUCUACAAAGUGAAGUAUUGAAUAAAAAGACUUGGAAAAAUAUAAUUGUGAUGGUGUCAAGAAUAGAACACUAAUAAUAAAAGAAAACACUUGAAUCACCAUGCGCAUGCGGAGUCGUAGCGUGGCGGUGCCCUCUGCUGCUCACAAUAACAAUAACCACCACAACCUUAACAACAACAACAACAGUCACGUCAGCAGCGCGGCCACCACCGGCGCCUCUCGGAGUGUGCUCAACAUCCCCGGUGAGCUGAAGCUGCACUACUCCGAGGUGGUGAGCGUGGCCGAAAAGCUCUCCCGGCUCUUCUCGCGCACGCACACCUACCAUGUGCACCGCAGACACAAGACGCUGCGGCAGGAGCCAUCGAACUCGUGGGUGACCGUGCACAACCUGAAGCAGCUGGACGGAGGCAUCCUCGACCCGGACGACCGCCUCAACGACGUGGCCGACGACCGGGAGCAGAUCAUAGCCAUCUACGAUGAGCAGACGCACCACCACCACCACCACGGCGGAGACGGCACCUCGGCGUCCUCGGACUCGGAAAACCCUUCGCCAGAUAUUUUCCAAGGCGUGGAGCACAAGUUCGCGCCCUUCACACGCAACGACAUCGAGAUCACCGGCGAGGAGCUGAGCGCCACGCCGCCGCCGCUGCACGUGCGGCGCGGGAGCGAGCCAGCGCUCAACCGCCUCUCG